CUGGCUCCUCAGGUGCUGGCAUGGGAGAAGGCGUUGGCAUCCGGCGUGCAGUUGUCGCCGUUACUUCGCUGAACAGAGACGACAUUGUGACCGUGCUCGAAAAGAGUCUCAAACAGUUCGGGGACCAGCUCUACAUCAAACACUCUCCCGUGCUGCAGCAGGAAGGUUAGUGCUGAGUCCCCGGUUCUCAGGGGCAGCAACUGACUUGGCGUGCAGCCCAUGCCCAGGUCCUCCUCUUAAGCGCUGGGUACGUGUCCAGGAUAUCACCGGUGAAAUUAGCCAUGCUCUUGCGCUCAAGUGUUUGGCUCAACGCAAUCUCGAACCGACUGGGAGCACCCAACCAGCGUGCCCGUUUGCUUGGGAUGAUCGUGGGGGAGGCCCUCUCCGGCCUGGUCGACCAGGGAGAUAAGCGACUAAACUUCCAGAUGGAGGAGACGGACCAGGACGAAGGCCGAUGGUACAAAGAGCUCACCGCAGUUUCGGACGAGAUAGGGUCUCUGGAUCCCUUAGUGACCGCCCGUCCUGAAGUACCUAUGAGGAAGCGUGAGGCGGCGCGGAAGCCAGUGAACAGGCCACCACCCCAGCCUCCACAAAGUGGUCUUAUUAUCGAGGAGCUCAGCGACGAGGAGCCACCAGAAGAGGACGACAUUGUUCCUUAUGCGAAACCGGACUCGGAUCCGGAAGACUCCGAGGAGGACGCAACCUUGGUCAGGCGCGAUAAGCCAAAAGCGCCCGUCUACAUCCGGGAUCUGAUCAAGUACCUUCGGGACACAGACAACUACGACCACCAGAAGCUCGCAUUGUCGACGGCACCGACGCUCAUUCGCCGGAAAGCGGACUACGGCACGGAAGUGUCGGAACACGCCGAGGAGCUUGCGUCGCUGCUUGUCGGCCUCAGCGACAGGUUCGAAAUGGACAACUUUGACGACUUGAGAGCCCAAGGAAUGAUGGCUCUCAUUGUUGCCAAACCAGAGAAGAUGGGCCCGUGGUUCGCCAAGACGUUCUUCGACGGCGACUACUCCAUUUCUCAGAGGGCUUCAAUCCUCGUCGUCCUUGGCUUGAGCGCCCGCGAGUUAGCAGGCCUCGAAACAUCGGAAUAUGCGGCCGCGGCAGCAUUUCCGUCCAAGACGCUCCCACAGCGGGUCGAGAAACUCUACCUCGGCCACAGCUCAUCGCAUAGUCAAUCCUCCUCCGCCUCCCUUAAACCCCUCCCCGCCAACGCUCUCGAUAACAUUGCCACCUCUCUCACCUCCAACUUCCUCGCCCCCCUCGCAGCCGCCGCCGCCGACGCCGCCACCGGCCCCGACAUCCUCAAGCUCUCCACCUUCACCUCCCGCCUCGACGAGGAGACGCCCUCCAACCCCAAGAUCAAAUACAAAUCCCGCCCGAAACCCCGCGUCCGCGCGAUCCCCAACACCACCGCCCAGCUGCUGUGCACAUCCUUCUUCUUCCCACUCACCGCCCGCUUCCAAGCCGCGCUGCACGCCGCCUCGUCCGGCGGCCCCCGCGGCGGCGGCAGCAGCAGGUCGAUCCUCUUCCACCCGUACCUGCUGGCGCUCUACCUCAAGACGCUCGCGCUGGUCCUGCACGCGGCCGGGCCGGGUACGCUGGCGCUGCCGCAGAUGACGGCGGAGCUGUGGCGCCUGCUGCUGGGCACGCGCGUGCGCGCGCAGGCCGUCGGCGACCUGGCCGUCACGCGCGGCGUGCUGUUCGGCCUGCUGGCGCUGCUGGAGGUGAACGAGGACCGCAUGCGGGACGUGUGCGCCGAGCUGGGCGCCGAGGUGGUCGAGGCGCAGGAGUGGGUCGCCGGCGUGUUUGGCGGGCUGAGGGGCGGCGACGAGGGCGGGGAGGAGGAGCAGGUCAAGAUGUUGGCUGCUGGGGUGCUGGUGAGGCUGAGGGAGGCGAUUGAGAAGUGGCGGCUGGUGCUGGUCGGGGAUUUAAUUGGGUUUGGUUAAGGUGGGGGAUUGGGAGGAUGCUUCUUUGUUCCUAUUUUAGUUUCCUUGUGACACGCUGCCAGUCUCGCAAAAACAGAGAGAUCUUUUGUCACUCAUGGUGUUAAACCUCUCUGAGAGGACGGGGAUACCGAGAGCCUGGAGGUAAGCGUCUACGGAGGGGAGAUUCCGCCUCGUAAAAAAAAAAAAAAUGGCAUAACCUUCGCUAGAAAACCCGUAGAUUCUGAGUUCGGAUGUUCUCUUCAAAAUCCGACUCUUAG